UUUUAUGAGUUCAGUUGCCUCUAGAGAGGCUGGCCGCGUGUAAAAUAAGUAAGUUGUGUUGUUUGAGCGUAGAGCCGACAGGCUAAAGUAGUAAGCGGGAAUACUCGGCCGGCGCACGGCAUGCGAGUUGGUCCCCUCGUCGACCGUGUAAACGGAAACUAUUACGAAAAUCGCAAUGCGCGAAUUAACUUCGAGACGGUGAAUAAGUGAAAUAUACCACGACGUAUCAACGAACUAUCCACGAUGGCUUACAAAAUUAAGUGUGAAAGUGUUGUAUUUUUGUGCAUUUUGUACAGUGUCUCCAGCUUUAAUCUGGAACCCAGGAUUCCUGUGAUAAAGUUUGGUGAAAAGGGCUCGUACUUUGGAUUUUCUGUCGCAGAACACCUGACUUUGAAUGAAGCCGGAGGAAGUACAAGCUGGUUACUGGUCGGCGCUCCACUAGGACAGAAUCUUCAGCCGAACACCAACCGGUCCGGAGCCCUGUGGAAAUGUCCACUCACAGCGGGGACGAGCGACUGCGAACAAGUCCCCACAGACGGAAAACGAACGGCUCACGCCAAAGUAAACAAGAACGUGGACUCAGCGCACUUGUUGCCGCCGCUCUCGGAGGAGAUCAAGAACGGGCAGUGGCUCGGCGUCUCCGUGGCGAGUCAGGGGCCCGGUAUGAAGGCAGUCGUCUGUGCGCAUAGGUAUAUCCGAAAGUCAGGGGAGUCGCAGUUCGGACAGGGGCUGUGCUACACACUGACUAACAAUCUCGAGGUUGCUGAUAUGUGGGAGCCGUGCUUGGGGAAGCCAACCGCCAGGGAACACGAAGAAUACGGCCUCUGCCAAGUAGGAGUGAGCAGUUCCCUCCUGAAGGAUGACACGCUGCUGCUGGGCAGCCCCGGGCCCUACGCGUGGCGAGGAACCAUUUUUACUCUGGAUGUGAACGAUGAUCUGUUCAAACGCGACAGCUUCUCGUAUAUGGCGCCGGUUGUUGACGGGAAGAGCCCGGUUGAGAAAUACAGUUAUCUAGGCAUGUCAGUAGCGGGGGCGAGUUUCUUCGGCAACACAUCGUCGUACGCGGCAGGCGCGCCUCGGUCCCGCGGCACCGGCCAGGUCGUCAUCUUUAGUAAGCGUAUCAUCCAGGAUUGGGGCUCAUCGGAUAUCGACAUCCUAGAAAGAAACCUUAUACUUGAUGGAGAACAGUUUGGGUCCAACUUCGGAUAUGAGGUGUCAUCGGCCGAUGUCAACGGAGAUGGAUUACCUGAUCUCCUUAUUGGCGCUCCAUUCUACUUUUCACGAGAUACCGGUGGUGCUGUUUAUUUAUACAUCAACGAUAAAUAUCAUUUUUCUCAAAAGUAUAACCUAAGAGUUACGGGUAAACAAGAAUCUCAAUUUGGCAUAGCGAUAGCAAAUGCUGGAGAUUUGAAUAAGGAUGGUUGCGAAGAUGUGGCUAUUGGAAGUCCAUACGAAGGCAACGGAGUGGUAUACAUUCACCUUGGUGACAGAAAAAAAGGAUUGCAUACUAAAGCAGAUCAAAUGAUUACUGCAGAGUCGUUGCCUAGUGUUAUGAAGACAUUCGGUUACUCGCUGUCUGGUGGUGUGGAUUUAGAUGCGAAUGGAUAUCCAGACUUACUGGUUGGAGCUUAUGAAGAAAGUGGAGUAGCCCUUCUCCGAACAAGACCAAUCAUCGACAUUAAAACCUCCAUAAAGCCAUCGAAAACUAUCAUCAACAUCGAUCCUGCAAUACAGGCUUGUGAAAUGAAUGGAGUAAACUACACCUGUUUUAAAUUCCAAGCGUGCUGUAUUAUAAAGUCUCUAGUCAACACACUUCAAAAUUCACUGCAUAAUGUUAAUUAUGUCAUAGAGGCUGAAACUUUUCCUGGUGGAAAGAAGUUCUCUAGAGUGUUCUUCGAUUCAGAUAAAAGUAAUAUUAUCGAUAAGACAAUACAAUUGCAGAAAGAUACUGAGGUUUGCAGGGAACAUUGGGUGUAUCUGAAAAAUAAUACAAGGGACAUUCAAACACCCAUCAAAUUUCAAGUAACGUACAAAAUAGUUCACGAAGUGCCUAAAUACUCGACGACACGUGUGUUGCCCAACAUCGACGAUUAUCCUGUCCUCAAUGCGACAGCAACAUCUACAUUCACUGCAAACUUCUUGAACGACUGUGGAUCGGAUGGUGUGUGCAUCAGCGACCUUGUUGUGGACCCAGUGUUGCAACUUCCGAAGGCUGAUGAUGGAAAAUCAUACACUUUAACAUUGGGUCAGGAAGAUGAAAUUAAACUGUCCGUUACUGUCGAUAACUACGGAGAGUCCGCUUACGAGAGUCACUUGUUUGUGCAGCAUCACUCUAGUCUACAUUAUAUCGCGGCCAAUAUAAGCGAUAAACACAUUAUCUGCACCAGCGUCAACAAGACAGUGGUAUCCUGCAUGCUGGAAAACCCUUUCAAGAACCAGGGAAACGCUGCCACCCCCAUCACCAUGCGAUUCGAUGCCAGGGCCCUGGAGGACAACGAACCGUCGGUGGUGUUCGCCGUGUGGACGAACUCUACGUCAAAGGAGCUGUACCCUAACAAGAAACCGGCAGUGGUCGAGGCGUUAGUUGUGAAGAAUGCUGAAUUGUUAAUAAAAGGUGCUGCAAGACCCGAACAAGUUUUCUACGGAGGAGAAGUUAAGGGUGAAUCGGCUAUGAAGCACUUCGAUGACAUUGGCACACGAGUGGUCCACACGUAUCAGGUUUACAAUGAAGGCCCAUGGCGCGUAUCCUCGCUACAAGUAGUGAUCUCCUGGCCGCACCAAGUGGCUUCUGAGAAUGCUCAGGGCAAAUGGCUUUUGUACCCGGAAGAUGUGCCCACUGUCGACGGAGAAGCCGAUCAGAGCAAUGGUGAAUGCUUCAUUGCGGAAACGGAAGUUAAUCCCCUAAAAUUAACUAAGAGACCUGGAACUCCAGAACCAAUUUUGGAGAAUUUGGAAGAAGACCCGUUCCGAACAAGCGGAAAGCUGAGCGUCAGUUCCAGUGAGAAGUACAAUGAAUCUAGUUACAAGAACGUCAUUCAAUACUCGAGCGCUACAGAGAACAAAGUUAGAAGAAAGCGGGAGGAUAAUAUAAUCAAAGCUGAAGCGUAUACGGAUAAAGAUGGACAUCGAAAGAAUGUAGUAAAUAUGAACUGUCUGAAGAAGACUGCAAAGUGCAUCCAGUUCCAGUGCGUGAUAUACCGGCUCGGGCGCGCGCAGGCGACCACCAUCACCAUCAAGGCGCGCCUGUGGAACGCCACGCUAGUCGAGGACUACCCGCGCGUCAGUCACGUCAACAUCGCCUCCAAUGCUUACAUUCUCAUCCCGGCUCAUUACAAUAUUCAUCAGAAUAAGGAGGAUGAUGAUAUGACGAUGGUGGAAACUGUGGCGUAUCCAGACUUAAAGAUGAGUGAACCGUCACAGGUGCCAUUGUGGGUGAUAAUAGUGUCAGUAAUAGUAGGACUAAUAGUGUUAAUUCUGCUCAUACUCGCGUUGUGGAAGCUUGGCUUCUUCAAGAGGAGCAGACCCGACCCCACGUUGUCGGGCAACUUAGAGAAAAACAAUCACGAGUCCAGCCCGUUCAUUGGACGGGAUAGGAAUAACAAACGAUAGCUGAACUAUUACUUUUCCACGACCAAUAGAACAGUACAUUUCAAAAAUGGGACUUAAUAAAUUGUGUAGAGCACAAGAAUCAUGUUUGGUGCGCGUGUGGCGCCGUCUAGUGAUUUAUUAUAAUUUAUAUUUUGACUGUGAUGUCUUCAUAGAGGAAAAAUGCGUGAAUGUGAUGUUUUGAAGAGAAACAUGGUUUUAUAUUUUGUUGAUGUUUUUCACGAUCCUCGAUAUAAUAUUUUUUUAUUGUUUCGUAAUGCUUAUUUUUUCUGCGAGGGAAUAAUGAAUUUUACAACGGGAGUGUUGAAAUAAUAAAUGAUUUUUGUUAGA